AUGUCCUCGCCGCCAGAGCUCGACCCCCCUCCCGACAUCACCGCCCUACCCGACGCGCUCCUUCUCCACAUUCUCUCCUACCUGACUGCCGCGGCGCUCGGCCGCUCGGCCGCAGCCUGCUCGCGCUGGCGCACGCUCGCGUUGGACGACGAGGUGUGGCGCGGCGAGUGCAGGGCGAGCUUCGGGCUCGAGAGCAAGACGGACCCGAGCGGCGGCGCGUGCGCCUCCUUCGUGGAGGCCGCCCGCCACUGGACGGACUUCACCGUCCGCACGUUUGGCGCCUCCCAGCCGCCCGCCGCUGCCCGCGCGACGCUGGCGCCGCUCUGGCAGAGCGCGCGCGAGGCGUGGGGGUGCGUGAGCCGCUGGGCGGGCGAUGCGCUGCCCGAGGCGAAGGCGACGCUCGGACCGCCGGCGAGCGCGACGGAGUGGCAGCUGUUUGUCUCGCGGCUCGGGCUCGAGGCGCUGCGCCAGCUCCGCGACUUUGUCGACCCGGACCUGCGCCAGGCUCUGCACGCCGCGGCGAGCGGCUGGUACUCGCACCCCUCGGGGUGGGAGGACGAGUGCCUCGGCCUGGGCGGCGGCUUCUCGGCGUACAGCAACUUUGCCUGCUUGCGCCUGCUGCCGCUCCCUCUCGUUGCGGCGUGGACGGGCUUCCUACGUGCGCAGAGUGGCUUGCCGGAGCGGUUCCUCGUCGUCGCCGCCUGCUUCGGCGACGCGCCGCGCCUGCUCCUGUCCGACCUCGCCUCGGGCGAUCUGCUGCUCGGACCGAUCUCGCCGACGCCGCAUCUCGAGGCGCGGCAGGUUGUGGCGGCUGGAAACCUGCGGCUGCUGCGUGUCGUGCCGGCCAGCGAGGCGGGCGAGAAGCACGUGAGCUGCGUCACCCGCGGCAUCCGCGUGACCGCCUCCGCACUGUACGCGCCCGAGAUGGCCACCUUCGCCUACUCGAUCCGGCUCGCCCUCGUCGCGCCCGGAGAGGAGGGGCACCUGCCGGCCGCUCAGCGCGGCUUCGAGACGGCCGCAGCUGCCACAAGCGCGCGGGUGCACGGCAAGGGCGUGGUCGGCAAUUUCCCGCUGCUGCGCGAGGGCGGCUGGCGCGGCAAGCAGCGCCACUCCGGCCGCGCGCGGGACACGCGCGACGACAAGCAGCGCCACUCGGGCCGCAUCGGGCAGGGCGAGUGGUGCGAGGGCGUGUUUGUGUACCAGAGCCUCAGCGGGCGCGGCUCGAGCAUCUCCUUCGAAGGGUCGAUCGACUUUGUGCCCGGCUCGCUCGAGGCGCCCGCCGGCGAGGAGUUCGCCGUCGCCGUGCCGCGCUUCCCCCUCCUCGUCGGCGCGGACGAGUACCUCUUCUGA